AACGCGCGGCACAUGUGUAGCCCCCAAAAAUCCCAGCGGGACAGCUGACUUCCCCCCAAAAAAGCUACAUGCUCCUAGUUUGCGGCCGCUCGCAGGUAACUGUCUAGCGAUCAUGUCCACGGGAUCCAUCAGCGACGUCGACGACUUCCACGAAGCGGAGCUUCUGGACGAUAUCCUGAAGCUGGGCUCCGGCAAAGACUCCAACACGGAGAGCACGGAGGAGAGCUCCAACGGCGACGCCGGCUCGGCAACAGAGGGGAAGACGGGCUCCGGUAAGAAGAGGAAAACAUCGUCCAGGAAGAACACCCUGAACGGAGUAGCGCAGGAGGGCAAGCAGGUACAGAGGAACGCCGCCAACGCCAGGGAGAGGGCGAGGAUGCGCGUCCUAAGCAAAGCCUUUUCCCGGCUGAAGACAACUUUGCCGUGGGUGCCGCCGGAUACCAAACUGUCAAAACUGGACACGCUGAGACUGGCGUCAAGCUAUAUCGCCCACUUGAGACAGAUUCUUGCCAACGACAAGUAUGAAAACGGUUACAUCCAUCCGGUGAAUUUGACCUGGCCGUUUAUGGUGGCAGGAAAACCUGAGAAUGAAUUGAAAGAGGUCCUGAACACAACACGGUUAUGCGGGACUACGGCCUCUUGAUCUAACUGAAGGACUUGGUACAGUAAAUGGGAACAAUGUAUAGCUUAUAUUAUAGGGGUAAAGGGGAAAAGACGCAUUCUUCAAAUAGAGACGCACGAGGGACCAGACGCAAAAGGGGACCAAAACUUCUCACUUGUUCCUCUCCAAAAGAAGCGACAUAUUUAAGGUGUUCACCAUUAUUUGCCCUGCUGGUUCAGGGCCAAUGGGAUGUCUGUUAACCAUUUUAAUUUUGUAGAUUCUUUAUAAAGGGGGUGUUGUUAAGUAGCUGCAGAUACUUUUGCAGGUGACAUCGAUUGUCAUCGCUGUAAAUAUGAGCACACAAAAUAUACUGUGUCCAAUUUUAUUUAGAAUUUAUGUAAAUAAAAUUGAUUUGUAUUACUGCAA